UACUUAGCACGGAAUAAUCGGUACAAUUAGCGCCUUUGUUCCACUGCAGUGACAUGUAUUGACCAGUGCCAUGGCCUAGCUCUCUCUCACCUUCCGAUCGUCGAACGAUCUUUCUCUUCCUCUCCUUUAUCUCUCGUAUUCCUCUCCAUAUCGUCUGUCCCUCCUAGCUCCAUCGGGCAAAGGUGUGCGCGCCUUGUACACGUCGCGAAUGUGCAUAACUACCCAGUUGGGUUGCUCUGAGUCGUGAUUUUUUUCUCCUUUGGGCCUUCCAACCCAAGUUUCUUGUGCAGUGCAGUUAAAAAAGAUCUCAGAGCCAGCGAGUAACGAUCGAGACCAGUUCUCCAGCCUAAUGUCCACCUUGGCUCCAGAGAGGCAGCCAGUGUGGUACGAGCCAGCAAGCAUCACCAGUGAAAGAGAACGAGAGUAGAGAGCGCGUGUGUUUGUGUGUUUGCGUCCGCAGAGAUGAAGGAUACCUACACAUAUGCAGAAACGGAGCUUGCAUGGACCAAAUGAUCUCACCCAUAUGUGAAGCGUGGGUGCGGGUUGUGAGUUUCGAGCUUAGCGUAUCCCAAAGAGAUCAGCAGCUGCAGUUAGUGAUACGGGCGUCGAGCGGAAGGAAUAUGUAAAAGUGGCUUUGUGCUGCAACUGUCCUUUGUUUUUGUUUAUUUAUACGAGUUAUACGCACGCGCGCAGUUUCUCUGGACAUUCUGGAGGCACGUAUCUAUUGUAGUAGUUACCAGGCGGUCCCAAGAUUGAAUUCGGUCCGAUCGGGUGGUGAUUGGCACGCAAGCUGUUCAACAAAGGCAAAUAAGAAAAAUUCAAGGCGGUCGGCCGAAUGCUGCUUGUGAUUCGGGGACGCACCUGUGCGCUACCUGCCACCAAUCACAGCAAGCUAUAUAGGCGCAGUGGAGAAAGGGAGGAGGGAGAGGAGGAGGAGCCGAGCCUCCGAGUUGGAUGUCGCUGGAGGACGCUGGUCAGCUGCGGGGCACUGCUGGACAACCGGUGGCCAUGAGAGCAGUAGCCGCAGCCGUCGCCGUUACUAGAGCUGACGCUGCAGCAGCCGAGCAACAGGGAGGUGCCCUGGAGACGACGACGACAACAACGACGAACCUGCUGUUCUCCUGAAAGCGCGCCACACCUGCGCCCUCCUCUUCCUCUUUCCCUCCCCCUACUCCCACUUUGUGCUCCCCUCUCUCUCUCUUCCUCCUUACCCCACUCCGUUUUUCUUUUGCAGUGGGCCUUACACUUUCCCCCUCUCCCCGUCUUGUCUGUUGAUGUUUUAUCUCGAUCUGCACCUGUUCGUACCUCACAAAAAAGAGAGGGAGCCGUCCCCUUUAUCUCUUCCUCGCACUGCACACUACUAUCCGUUUCCUCUUGAUUGCCUUUUCCGUUGGGAUGUAUGGCUGAAAAGUAAAGCAACUCGCCCCAGGAGGCAACAACGCUAAGAUAUACACCACCCACGCUCACUGCACAACACUUGCUGGCACUGUUGCCAGCAACGAUAGUGAGGCGCACACGUGAAUAUGAGCAUGACGCUCGUACGAAACUCAUUUAAAGGGUGCAGCGAGGAUGAAGCAGGUGCCGACGCAGAGGUGGGUGGUUGCGCAGACAGUGUUGGCACUGGCGAAAGAGGCAGGGCCAGUAGCGAAUCCAUUACCACCACCAAUACUACAACUACCGCCACUACAGCCUCAACCACUGCCGUCACUGCGACGGCAGCGGACAUCAAUGACGACGCUCCGGCCAACGGCACUUCCAAGCUUCUAUCAGCCGCGGCGGCAUGCGAGCGCUGCCCACAUUGCGGCAUUGUUUGCAGAAACUUACGCAUACUUCAGCUCCAUCUGGAGGAUCAGCACAAAUCUGACUCAGCAGCCUAUCCCGUUGACAAAAACGAACUUCAGGCUCAAUUCUCUCAAGUCUCAUGCAAAAUAUGCAGCAAAUCUUUUGCAAAUGUGUACAGACUACAAAGGCAUAUGAUCAGCCAUGACGAAAGUGCAAUACUUCGCAAAUUCAAAUGCCCCCAUUGCGAAAAGGCCUUCAAAUUUAAACACCAUCUUAAGGAGCACUUGAGAAUACACAGCGGGGAAAAGCCCUUUCAGUGCAACAACUGCGGAAAGCGCUUCUCACACUCGGGCUCGUACUCGUCACACAUGACAUCGAAGAAAUGUCUUGUCAAUAAUCUAAAAAAAUCGCGCCAGGCCGCACUUGGCACUGGAACCAAUGGAGAGCGACCAUCCUCUGGUAAAAAGUCUCAGCAGCAACCACAACCACAACCUCCACCUGCACCACCACCACUUCCAUCACCUGUACAACAACAGCAGCAACAGCAGCAGCAGGAGCAUCUAAAUCUUCAGCAACAGCAGACUUUACAAGUCCAACAAAAGUCCACCCAACACCAGUCUAAUCAGUUGCAGCCCAGGCACGAUGCUGAGCUGCUGACCACCAACAACAACACCUUUCGGCCGAUUUUACCCAAGCUAUCACCCUCUGAGGACCCUCAGCGUGAUUCGACUGGUUUUUAUGACAUGCCUGCAUUACUACCGCAAAUGAUGGGUUUUGGCAGCUACUUUUUACACUCGUCUCUUGGAAAGAUCCUAAGCCAGCUGCACUUGAAACAGGGAUACCAGCAGUCACAGCCAAAUCAUUCACCUGGCAUCUAUGCUAAUCAUCAUUCCAACAAUCGUGGGGAUGAGACGAGCAUUGAGCACUACGACGUGCUAAGCCAACAAAGCGAGACUGCUCUCAGCCUCUCAACAACGGCUCCAGACUCCGAGGGCACUGAAGGUGGUCGAGAGUCACCAGCACUGAUACCACCAACGACACCCCUACACCUUCGUCAUCCGGAACAGUUUCAAGAACUUGACACUGUUAGACGAUUGUUGGAAACCGUCAACACCUCUGUUACAAAGCAGCUGCUUGAGGCUAACGUGAGAAAGCUUGCCUCUUCACCAUUGAUGCACAUCAAGCGAGAGGUCGAUGAAGACUAUCACGAUCAGGAUAGUGAAGUGUCAAGUGAGAUGACGCAUUAUCCUGUAGAAUGGUCGGCCACAGAACAGUGCGACUCUCCAAGUGAGGGUCUAGUUGCUAAGCUCGAAAACGUCAACCACAAGAUAAUUUCACCAUCAGUAAUAUCAUCGACAACGGUGCACCGAGCACUUAAACGUAAAGCCGAAAAUCGUUUAUCAACGCAUACCUCGGAGGCUGAUACUGAGGAUGAGGAGUCAACGCUACCACAACAUCACCAGCCAGACAACACUGCUAACGGAAUUACGCGUCGAGUGAGGUCAAGAUCACUUAUUGACGAUGAGCAGCUGGCCGUACUCAAAAGUUACUACGCUAUUAAUCCACGACCAAAGAAAGAGGAGAUUAUAAUGAUAGCUAACUACAUUAAUUUCCCUACAAGAGUUGUUCAGGUAUGGUUCCAAAAUUCAAGAGCAAGAGAUCGACGAGAAGCUAAGAUGCCAGGUUUGGUACCACUGUCAAACCUUAACAGUCACAUGUAUAAUGAUCAACCACUUGACCUGUCAAAAAAAGAAAUCGUCAGAAUAGUCUCAACACCACAGGGUAGUAGUGACGCUUCAAGUAGACAUACGGCUUCGCCUUAUUGCCCAAAAGAGGAUGUAGUAGUGCCGAAAGUAUUAGUCAACAAUAACGUUGAGUUGGAAGAUGCGGAAGAAUCAGCUCUUGUAAUAGACGAAGAAACUAAUGAUUCCGUAGAUACAAAGUCAAUGACUCCUGUAGAAGUUGUUAUUAAGGCUGAAACCCCAGUUGUACAAACUAAAAAUCACGUUGAAGUAAGUAUCACUACCGACCUACCUACACAAACAGAAGCUGAACAAGAGGGUCAGUAUUUUUGCAAUCAAUGUGACAAAACCUUUUCCAAGCACAGCUCUCUCACAAGACAUAAAUAUGAACACUCUGGGCAAAGGCCAUACAAGUGUCUGGAGUGUCCGAAAGCAUUUAAACACAAGCAUCACCUUACGGAACACAAGCGGCUGCACAGUGGUGAAAAACCUUUCCAGUGCUCCAAGUGCCUCAAGCGCUUCUCCCACUCUGGCUCCUACAGCCAACACAUGAACCAUCGAUACUCGUACUGCAAGCCUUACAGAGAAUAGGCCACAAGAGGUAGUCCUAAACUUCUUCUUCUUUAUUUUCGCACUGGAAUAACCUAGCAUGCUGUUGUGAGAAAGAACAAGACAGGGUGAAAAGAAGUCAGCUUAGGAAAAAAAAAAA